AUGACGGUGCUAGAGAACCCCGCUAGAAUUCUUAUUUUGGGCUUCCUAGUGGAGGCGUAUUUUCUCUCUCUCUCUCUCUCUCUUUCUCUCCGUCAUUCGAAUUUCCUUAACUAUGAUAUACAGACAUACACUGGCAGCAUCCUCAUAGCAGUCAACCCGUACAAGGAACUGGAAAUAUAUGGCCCCGACGUGGUGAUGCGGUACCAGGGCCGGAAGCUGCUGGAGGAGGAGCCCCACAUCUUCGCCAUCUCCGAGUCCUCCUUCGUGGCCCUCCAGCGCCUCGACAAGAACCAGUCCUGCGUCAUUUCGGGCGAAUCGGGAGCUGGCAAGACUGAGACGACGAAGUUCAUCCUGCAGUACCUGUGCUCCGUGACCUCGGGGGUGUCCACGUGGGUCGAGCAGCAAAUCAUCGAAGCCAACAGCAUCUUAGAGGCAUUUGGCAAUGCCAAGACAGUUAGAAAUGACAACUCUAGUCGAUUUGGAAAGUUUAUGCAAGUGUGCUUUGACACGUCUUGGCAUAUCAAAGGCUGCGUCAUGCAGGACUACCUCCUGGAGCAGUCCAGAAUCACCUUCCAGGGACCUGAAGAGAGGAACUACCACGUCUUCUAUCAGCUAGUUGCGGCUGCACAGAAUAACAAAGAAAUCGCAGACCAGUUCCAUCUGCGGCCAGCGAGUUUCUACACCUACCUGAAUCAGUCUGGGUGCAUCACCAUAGACGGAGUGGAUGAUGUCAAGAGAUUUGAUGGACUCCGACUAGCUUUCAAUGUACUUCAUGUCCCGCCAGAGAUCUGCGACGGCAUUUUCGGUACUCUGGCUGCUAUUCUGUGGCUUGGCAAUUUAGAGUUCGUGGACAUUGAUGGUGAGAAGUGUGAGUUGAGUACUAGCGACAAGGAAGUGCUGACUAUUGUCGCAGAAUUGCUGAAUUUGGAGGAGGAGGAUCUGCUGGGCAUCGUUCUUCAGCGCCAGAUUAACAUCAGAGGAAAUAUCACACGAAUUCCACUCAAGCUUGCUGAGGCUCGGGAAAACAGACAUGCCAUGGCCAAGGCACUCUAUUCUAGAACAUUUGCUUGGCUUGUCGACCACAUUAACAAAUGCACCAACCCUGGGCAGGACCAGACAAGAUUUUUAGGUGUGCUGGACAUCUUUGGAUUCGAGAACUUUGCAACUAACUCAUUUGAACAAUUGUGUAUCAAUUAUACAAACGAAAAAUUACACAAAUUCUUUAACCAUUAUGUGUUUGCAUUGGAGCAAGAAAUUUACCGUCAGGAGGAGAUCAAGUUUUCCCACAUCACCUUCACUGACAACACAGAGUGCCUUGAACUGCUUGAAAAGCCUCCAAGGUGCAUCCUCAAACUCUUAUCUGAAGAGUGCCGAAUGCCCAAGGGUGCAGACAAAUCCUACUUGACCAAGUUACACCAGGAAUUUGAUUCCCAUCCCAACUACAUCAAGGGUGAAGACAGAAGAAAGUGGGAGGUGGAAUUUGGUAUCAACCACUAUGCAGGGAAAGUGAUAUACACCGUGAAAGGCUUUGUCGACAAGAACAGAGAUGCACAGCAGGAUGUGUUUUUCGAAUUGAUGAACAAGUCACGGAACAAAUUUGUCGCUGAUCUCAUAAGAUUCCAGGAUCUCCUUGGCUGCACCAUUGCCAGAAUGGGUACCAUACAUAGCACAAUCUCCAGAGGAACCUCAAAGGGAAAGCCAACAGUUGCUGAUGCUUUCCGCAAUCAACUUCAGGCUUUGGUUGAUGUUCUGCAGUCAACUAAUCCAUGGUAUGUCAGGUGCAUUAAACCGAACAAAAGCAAAUCUGCUGACUCCUACGAUGAAUUGAUGGUGCUUGACCAGCUGCGGUAUUUGGGCAUGAAUGAUAUCAUCAGGAUCCGCAAGGAAGGAUUCCCUAUCCAUAUGACCUUCACAGAUUUCAUCACAAGAUACUUUUGCCUAAAUAAGAAGCGCAGACAUCCGACACCCAAAGAUCAUGUGUGUGACAUCAUGAAAGGUCAGAAUCUGCCACCAAGGGAGUGGCAAGUUGGCAAGAGCAAAGUAUUCAUCCGGCAGAAAGUAUAUGAGCCCCUAGAAGACCAGCGUCUCACCACAAUACGCGAUGCAGCAGUCAAAAUCCAGGCUGCAUACCGCAUGCAUAAGCGCAGAAUGGAAUAUAACAGGAUACGAGCAGCAUGUAUAAAUAUCCAAAAUCGCUACCGUGGUUGGAAGCUAAGACUUGUAUUCCUGAGAAAGAGGCGGGCGGCAGUAAUUAUUCAGUCUAAUGUCCGAGGAAUGUUUGCCAGAGAGGUUGCAAAUGCCCUUCGGGAAAUGAAGCGAAUCGAGGAGGAACAACGAAGACGAGAGAAGCUGGAGGAGGAGAGACGGCAGAGGGAAGAGGAAGCUCUCAAGUUGGCAGAAGACGAGGAAAAGAGGAAGGAGCUGGAGGAAGCUCAGAGGAAAGUCGAGGAGGAGAUGGCAACACUCUCCAACAUGGCUGAGACAGUCAACACGCGGCUGGCCACUUCCGGCCCGACCAACCCAGACGAUGCAUCUCAGGGCUCGGGCGAAGGGGUUGAUCUCGACAACCUGUUCUCCUUCUUAUCGAAUAUGGAAUCCGAGAGACACGUCCUUGAUGAAAUAUCUCGACAGAUGGAAGAACUUGCCGACAAUGUAGAAGAGGAGAUUGAAGCUCUUAACCGCGGCGAAGGGGAAGGACAGGAAUCCCCUUUGCCGCCACCACCCCCACCUCACGCACCAGAUUCCCUUCCUCCUCCUCCACUGCCUCAAGACCUCGUUUCUCCACCACAAGUUGCAGAACAAACGCCACCUCCUCCGCCAGCCUUGUCCGCUCCCCCACACCCAGUCCCAGGAACAGCAGAGCAGAAGGCUAAUAGAGAGAGUGGGGAUAGCCUGCCACCCCCACCUCCGCCACAGAUGAAUGGAUUCCAUGAAGAUGAGAAACCAAAGGAGCCAAUAUAUGAAACUAUUCCUGUUGGCCUAGCAGGGUCACAGGGUCGAAGGGAACCAAACUAUGUAUCAGGUCCACCACCUGCAGGCCCUCCACCUGCUCCUCCAGAGGAAGAGGUUGAGUUAAGAAGACCUCGAGAGCAAUCUCUAGAACGUCGUCGAAGACCUUCGGGCCAGAAGCGACCUUCGAGAUCCCCUUCUGCUCGAAGCCCAUCACGGGUGUCACGAUCUGGUACAAGAAGUCCUGUGCAGCGGGUGAGCAGUCGCAACAAUGGUGUGGUCGAAGACCCAGACAGACAGAAAAACUAUUUCAAUAAUCUGAACGCGCUGAGGGUACACUACCACAUUUGUUUUUUCACCAAGUGUUUCAGAAAUAAACCCCAAACAACCAACCAAUUCAGCACCCCAGCACCACUCAUGUUCAACACUUCAAUUAGCCAUUAUUUUGUAAGCUUCCUUCAAAAGAGCCUCAGCCUUGAUGGAAAGCUGCGGCAGUAUGUGCAGUGGUGCCUCGAAAACUGUAAAAAUACGAAGGUCAGUUGCAGAAGACUACCUCCUUCCUCUGUGGAGAUUGCAGCCAUGAAGAAACUUGGAACCAUUGUUUGCAGAUUCUUCUUCCUGGACGGCCGCACAAAGGCUAUUGAUGUCCAUCCAAGGGACACUGCUGGUGACGCCAUGCAGAAGCUGGCAGACAGACUUGGACUGGCGAAUUUAGAGGGCUGGGCGAUAUAUGAAUCUGGUCUGGAUGGAGACAAGCACGUAAAGAUCCAUGAGUAUCUUUAUGAUGUGAUAUCAUCGUGGGAGACAAAACAACAAAAGGUCGGGAGUUCAAGCAACUAUGGAACUCUCAAUAAACGCUCUUCACAAACGGUCAGUUCUGGGGAGAACAGAUUUGUUUUCCGCAAACGUCUCUUCCGCUCUCCUCGGGAAAUUCCAAGCGACCCAGUGCAAGUGAACCUGUUAUAUGCUCAGGCAGUAUAUAGUGUAGUAAGAGCUGAUGACUUCCCAAUCAAUGAGAAAGUAGCUCUCCAGUUGGCUGGGCUACAGGCUCAGGUGGCACUCGGUGACCCAAAGGAUGGCAAGACUGAAUUUUAUGCUGAUAUUCAGUCCUAUCUCCCAGCCCGCAUAGCUCAAGGAAGGAAGCAGGCUGAGUGGAUACCAGUGCUUGGACAGGCACACAGGCAGUAUGGCACUGGCAAAACAGACAUCGUAGCUAAAGUGUGGUAUCUGACAUGUGUCAUGCAGUUCCCUCUCUACGGGACCACGAUGUUCCAAGUCUCAUAUAGAGGAUAUUGGUCAUACGGGAACACACUUAUCCUGGGAGUCAACUGUGAUGGCAUUGCUAUGAUUAAGCCAGAUGACAAAUUCAUCCUUUAUGAGUAUAGAUAUUGUGACAUAGAAUCAAUCUUUUUAGAUCCAAGUGACAACUUCAUCACUAUAAACCUCUUAAGAACUCUGCCAGAUGCACAUAAAUGCUUUGUUUUUGAGACCAAAGAAAAGGAAGAAAUAGGCUUCCUUAUAGCUAGUUAUUCUCCGCUUCUCGCAUCUUGGAUAAAAGACAUGGACUCCAAUAAGAAGGUGAAGCAGAUUACGGGUGAAGAUCGAAUACGGUUGUAUUACAACCUGGUGCAUGCACGUCGGCAAAUCAUUGAUGCCAACAUCCUCAGGAAACCUCAGGAGCAGGGUGGGAACUUCUUUGUCAGUACGCUGAGGAGAUUGAACAAGCAGAAGCUAGAGAAGCUGCGCCAGGAUUAUGGGGAGAAUUCAGAGACAUAUAAGGGCUUCCACCACAUGUUCUGGGCAUUCUCCAAGACUCCUUUGACUCAGACUCUCACGAAGAUUGCUACGCCUGAGGUUGAACAGCAAGCACUCCAGAUCUCUCUUGCCAUCCUUACCUAUGCGGGUCUUAAUCCUAAUGCUGAAGCAGCAGUUACAAGUGAUGACCAGCAACUGACAAUGGUUCAGGGCGUGGUGGAGCAGUGUAUGAAGCGAGACCUCCUGCUUAACGAGACGUAUCUCCAGCUCAUCAAACAAACGACAGAUCAUCCAGAUCCAAAUUCGCGGGUAAACUUACGGCAUUGGUCCUUGCUGACAUUGUUCUGCUCCGUCAUUCCCCCAACUGACAAGUGUGUUAGAAAAUACCUCCGUGCACAUCUACAGCGUUGCGCCACAGACUAUGUGUCGGAAGAGGGAAAGUAUGCUCGCUAUGCUGAGAAGUGUCUUGUUAAAGCUCUGAACAAUCGGCGUCGGCAGUGGGCUCCCUCAAAACAGGAGAUCUUAUGUACAAUAAAUCGCAGACCAAUAUAUGCUCGCUUCCAUUUCAUGGAUGGACAGUUCCAUUCAUUGGAGUUUGAUGCAUCAGCAACAACAGCAGAUGUUGUUGAUCUAAUCAAACACAAGAUUGGACUCAAAGAAACCACCAAAGGUUAUGCCAUUUAUGAGAUGUUGGGGACGACAGAAAGGUGCAUACUGAUGGAAGAGGUCUUGGCGGAUGUAAUGUCCCGGUGGGAGCGAUACAGGCAGUCUACUGCAGCCACUCAGCACCACAACCAUCACAUAUUCCUGUUUAAGAAACACCUCCUUCUUGAGCAGUGGAUAGACCUGAGUGACAAUGUGGAGAAAGAACUCCUGUACUUCCAAGUCCUCUAUACACUUCGUGCUGAUAAAUUCCCUGUCACGCAGAUGGAGGCGGUGAUGCUGUGUUCCUUGAGAGCCCAGAUAGAACUAGGAAACUUUACAGCAAACAUGGACUACGGCGAAGUGAUAGCUCACACACUCUCCCCGCGUUUGCUGACUAGUGUGACCCACGAGUCUGUGGCAAUGCACCACCAGAGCCUCUUCAACAUGGAUUCACAGGAAGCAAAACAAGCCUUCCUUAACCUUAUCAAGUCAUGGCCACUGCAUAGAGCUACAAUAUUUGAUGUUACACAAUCAUUUACUUCCAACUGGCCAAAGGUCCUGUGGCUUGCCAUUGAUGAGAAUGGAGUCCAUCUCCUUGAGCAUCGAUCCAGGAACGUGUUGUGCACAUAUGAGUAUGACUACAUAUUGAAUUACUCAGCCUCCAUUACUGCGCUCAUGAUCAUUACAGGAUCUACAAGGAAGCAAAGCAAAAUAAUCCUUAAUACAACUCAGGCUUUCAUGAUUGCAACCUUAAUCAAAGACUACACUGAAGUUCUGAGAGAAAGCAUGGGCGGCGCACCCCCAGAGCCCCCUCCUCAUGCGGGCAUUCUGGCACAGCCUGUGAUGGAGGAAGGAACAGUUCUUCACCAGCAGCAACAGCAGCAGCAACCGCAACAGCAACCCAGACGGCAUCGCCCUCCCAGCAUCAUGGCCAGGCCGCCUCCAACUCUCACAGAGGAGCUGGUCACUCAAUGAUGUGCUUCUCAUUGCUAAUGGUUUUAAAAUAUUUCUAGUUUUUUGAGUGGGAACUUAUCCUCAGUAUUUUUAUGACGCUUGGUAAUACUCAGACAUGUCAAGAUAUGUUCAUGAAUUGCCCCAUCUAUUUUGUCCCUGAUGUUUGCUAGUUUCACUGUUGGAUAUUUCAGAUAUUUCCUAUUCUUCUACAAUCUGGGUUGUGGUCAAGUGUUUAGAGAAAUUGUAAAGAUUUUAGUAGUAAUCUAAACAGGGAAUUUAAAGUGCCAGAAUAAAAAAGUAUUUUUUAAAAGAUUUUAAUGAUAAAUGUUUGCAUGGUUAAGUUUGGAAUGAAACUGCAAGCAGUUUUUGUCCUGUAGAAGUUGAGAUAACAAUUUUAAUCAAAUGCCCAACAAGAAGAUUUGGCUAAAAUUUGUUUACAGUUUUAAUAGAAAAAGUAGUAUAUUAAUGACAUAAGACUGGCCUCAAAGUUGUUUUCCCAGAUAAUUAUACCUUUGUUGAAACAUAUGUGCAAAAGUUAUACUUAUUAGUAGGAACUUUGAUUUCAGUUAGCAGUGAGUCCACGUGCUAUCAACAUAUUACAAGAACCAAAAAAGUAACAUUGAUAUUGUAGAAGCCUAAGAAAUAAUUCUGCUUGAAAUAUGUAUAUAUAGGUGUAUGAAAGGGUACUAUCAGUUUAACUGGGAUGUGAGUGCUGUUUGUGUAAAUGCAUAUGUAUAUUCAUUGUAAGUGUGUGUCUGUAUACGCAUGAUCAUGAGUGUCUGAGUGAGUAUCUGUGUGCGCCUGUGUAUGUGUGUAUCUAUGCAAAUAAUGCAUGAACCUUCCUUUGGGUCUUGAUAUAGGUGGACUCUUCUCUUCCAUGCACUAACUUGCUCAAGAGCUUCAACAGUAGUCAGAUUGUUCCCCAUCAUCCCGUGGGGUGGGAGCCAGUCACCUGCCUCGCUGUGUGUCGUAUGUUGUGCCAAGUGUAGGCCCUUGUUUCGUUUAGCAAAGAUGCUUUAAGCAUGAGUGUUUGUUAUGAAUGAUAAGUGGUUUUAUCAUGUAUUUAGAUGAUCUGUGGAUGAUUUUCAUGGAGAAAGAUUAUUUAUGAUAUAUUCCAUUUGUACAAAUAAUUUCAAUUUCAAAUUAUGAAGAUAUACUUUUAUAGAAAUAUAUACUGUAUACAGAAAUACUAGAUUGCCUUCAGGAGUUCAUUUGACUUGCCCUGAAGUCUGGGCAGAAUGUAAGAAACAUGAUAUCCACUUUCUGUUUUGGAUCUGUUUUAUUGAAAAAAAUGUCUUUUAAGGCAGGCACACACACACACACACACACACACACACACACACACACACACACACACACACACACACACACACACACACACA